AUGAAUACAAAUGGAUUGCUGUUCAGCAAGAAUUUCGCAGGAAACCGUACCACCUCAUACACUUACCGCGUUGUAAAAGUUCAAUGCAUUGGUGCACCAUACAAACAUACACGCUUAAACCAUUGCAAAUUAGAAAUAUUUCCGAAUGCAACCACUGGUGUCAACAUUUCAAUUACCGUACCGAUGAUUUUGAAUUACGUUGAGAUCUCUGUUCAGUUAUUCUACAAAUAUAACAGUUACAGGCCGUUCAUGAUCGACUGGAGCAUAGAAUAUUGUCAAGCUUUUCGUAGUGAAAGGAACAUUCCUUCAACCGCACUUUUAUUGAAAGUGAUUGCCGUAACUUUAUCAGACUUCUAUUACCAAUGUCCACAUGGGAACCGAACGUACUACGACGUGUGGAUGUUGGACACAAAACUCAUUCCCCCAACUAUCCCUUCUGGUGAUUAUCGUUUGGACAUUUCCUUAAAAGAUUCUUCCAAUAUACCCUUAAUAAGAGCACAAAUAUUCGGCGCUGUACGUAAGCAUGGUAUUUUUGGCUAA